ACUCACAACGAACUCAGAGUAAAGUCUUGUCUCCUCCACCAUCCAGAUGCAGACGCACAAGUCUCUUCCCUCCCACACCACCCAAUGGGCCACACUAAUGUCUCGAUCCCACAAGCCGUCAAAAAUAUCGGCAGUGGCAGCACCAGUGAGACCGGCACUGAAACACCAGAACAAGAUCCACUCAAUGCCGCCGGAGAAAAUUGAGAUUUUCAAAUCUUUAGACGGAUGGGCCACCGAUCAAAUCUUGCCUCUUCUCAAACCCAUCGACCAAUGUUGGCAACCCGCUUCAUUCUUACCCGACCCGGCCUUACCCUUCUCCGAAUUCACCGACCAGGUGUGUGAGCUAAGGGAAAGAACAGCGUCAUUGCCAGACGAAUACUUCGUGGUGUUGGUUGGAGACAUGAUAACAGAGGACGCCUUGCCAACUUACCAGACGAUGAUCAACACGCUCGAUGGUGUAAGGGACGAGACUGGCGCGAGUCAGAGCGCGUGGGCCAAGUGGACACGCGCCUGGACGGCAGAGGAGAACCGUCAUGGUGACUUGUUACGGACUUACUUGUACUUAUCUGGUCGGGUAGAUAUGCUUAUGGUCGAACGUACCGUCCAGCAUCUCAUCAGCUCCGGCAUGGAUCCAGGAACAGAGAACAACCCCUACUUGGGUUUCGUCUACACAUCAUUCCAAGAGCGAGCCACUUUCGUGUCUCACGGCAACACCGCACGGCUCGCCAAAACCGCCGGAGAUACUGUCCUCGCUCGAAUCUGUGGCACCAUUGCCGCAGAUGAGAAGCGCCACGAGAACGCCUAUGUUCGCAUAGUCGAGAAGCUACUCGAAAUCGACCCAAACGGCGCAAUCUCCGCCGUUGCCGACAUGAUGCGGAAAAAUAUCACAAUGCCGGCGCAUUUGAUGACAGACGGUCGAGACCCGGUGCUCUUCGAACAUUUCUCCGCCGUGGCGCAACGGCUAGGAGUGUACACGGCGGAAGAUUACGCGGACAUUUUGGAGUUUUUGGUUGGACGGUGGGGAUUGGAGAAGAUAGAGGGAUUGACGGCUGAGGGGCAGCGUGCACAGGAGUUUGUGUGUGGCUUGGCGCAGAGGAUUAGACGUCUUCAAGAGCGUGCUGAUGAGAGAGCUAAGAAGGUUAAGAAGUCCCAUGAGGUUCGCUUCAGCUGGAUCUUUGACAAGCAGAUUAGUCUGUAAAAUCUUGAAAAAAAAAAAAUCCUUUGCUGAGACAAUAAAAAGA